AUGUCACUCUCUGGGAUAAGGCGGUCGUGCUGCACGCAUGGCUUGUGUGGACACGGCAGCAACAGCAGCAGCAGCAGCAGGAUCUCCGUCGCUCGGCACGUGUGGCCGCCGUGGGGUCUGCUCGCCCCGUCGACUCGUCCAGCGCCGCCUCGUUGGGCAGGCGGAGGCAUUCGCAGCACGUUGGUGCUGCUGCGGCCGCAGACCAUCAAGCCGAACCCAGCACACACUCCCAGCGGUAAGUUCGACCGCAGCUUCGAGAAGCUGAGCAGUGAGCUGGAGAACCGCAUGCCGUUCCGGCAGCAGCAGAUACUUUACGGCAGCAAGUACGACCGUAACUUCGGCGAGGAGAGCUACGACGAGAUGCGGCAGGCAGCGCAGGAUGACAUUUACGGUCGGGAGCAGGAGAAGGCCGCGGCACGGCAGGCACGCAGCUACUUCACCGGCGACGACCUCUCCCCCACCGCGCUGCACGUCAAGUCGCCGCGGCUGAAGGUGGCGCAGCACCAGCAGCGGCAGAAGUACGAUAAGCGCAUCCUCAAGACAACGAAGGAGGCGGCAGAGUAUUAUUAUGAGCGUGAGAGCCCGGAGCAGCGGCGUAUUCGGCGUCGCGUCAUCGCAGUCUGUGGGGCAGUAGGGUUGUUGGGUGCGUGGUGGGGCCUGCACGCGCUGCGCCUCUACAUGUUGAGCUAG